CGGAACCAAUGAGAUAGCGGUGGUCCAGGAUGUCACCGGAAAUAGAAAGGGCGGUGCUUGGUGCCGUUCUCUUGUUGCCGGAACCAAUGAGAUAGCGGGUGGUCCAGGAUGUCACAGGAAUGAAAAAGGGCGGUGUUUUGGACGGCUGCCUUGUUGCCGGAACCAAUGAGAUAGCGGUGGUCCAGGAAGUCACAGGACAGAGAAGGGCGGUGCUUGGGACGGCUGGCUUUUUCCCGGAACCAAUGAGAUAGCGGAUCAGUACACAGGAAGCAGCAUUCCUGCACUGCCUGUCUGAAUAGAAGCCAGAAGACUAACAGCAUCAACCAUCAGUGCCAGCAAAAUCGCUGUUUCCAUACUUCAGCAAACAUCAGGGCUGUGGGAAACCCAGGAUGGACAUGCUGCCUUUCUACAUGGCAUUGGUUUUAGAAUCGUUUGCGUCUUAGGAAAAUUCUUAGCUAAUAAUUAGUACCUGAGUAUUAGGUCUGUCUCUAGACGGUGGGAGCAAUGGCUGUGGCUCUAUUAGAUGACUGGUGUAAGGGGAUGGACCUGGAUCCCAAGAAGGCAGUGCUCGUUGUGGGCAUCCCUGUGCAGUGCAGUCAGGCUGAGAUAGCAGACACUCUGAAGGAAGGCUUACCUCCUUUGUGUGCUCACAAGGUGAUAGGUAGAAUGUUUAGGAGGGAAGACAAUGCUAAGGCGGUCUUAAUUGAACUGACGGAAGUUGUCGAUUAUACUAUGAUGCCCACUCAUAUACCAGCAGCAGGGGGGGCCUGGGAAGUGGUAGUCAAACCCCGUAGCCCAGAUAAUGAGUUUAUCAAUAAGCUGAUCUACUUUCUGAAAGAUGAAGGACGGAGAAUGGUAGAUGUAGCCAAAGCCCUGGGGUUUAGCACUGCCCCUACAGUGAGCAUGGAGCUAAGGAAUUCAGACCAAGACAAACCAGAAGGUUUGAAGUCUUUGUGCAAUAGCGUGUGUUACCGAAAACUGAAAGUGUUUUCUGGCAGUCCCUUUCCAGGCCCAGGAGAGGAGACCUUUGAAACCUGGUUAGAGGAGGUCACUGAGAGGAUGCACUUAUGGCAGGUGGGUGAGGAAGAGAAGAAGCGGCGCCUUCUAGAGAGCCUGCGAGGCUCUGCCCUGUCAAUUAUGCAGGCACUAGGGGCCAGCAGUGACUCCCUAACUAUGGAGCAGUGCUUGAAAGCACUAAAGCAGGUCUUUGGGAAUAAAGAGGACUGUAAGAUCUUACAGUUCCGAUGCCUUCAGAAUCCGAUUUCCUCUCAGAAAGCUGCAGAGAAGCUGUCUGACUAUUUGCUGCGCUUAGAGCCCCUCCUGCGGAAAGCAGCGCAGCAGAGCCCCAUGGCAGCACACAGCACAGACUCGAUUCGCCUCCAGCAUGUCUUAGCUCAAGUCUCCCUGACCACUGGCCUUAGGCGCAGGCUGUCCCUCUUAGAGCAGCAAGGGUGCCCACCUACUUUUCUGGAGUUAAUGAAACUCACUCAAGAGGAAGAAGAGUGGGAGACCAACAUGGUGGAGAAGGAGGAGCAGAAUCAGGCUGGGAAGGAGAGUGGGACGUGUGAGGCAGCAGCAGAUCAGGUUACCACCCAGGCAGGGUUCUUGCGGGAGAUCAGCACCCAGACCACAGGAGAGGAAAUUAUAUCAGUGAAACGGAGGCGACUGCUAUGGAGACCCAGUGCUGGGGAGGAGGGGCCUCUGGGGCAGUCAAGUUUGGGGGCUAAAAAUGAACCUGAGGAGCAGAAACCCCAUGUUGUAGCUCAGGAGUCGGGAAACGAGAGAGGGGCUGGGGCCAUGAGCCACCCCAACCCCAGGGAAAUAUAGGCUCAAGAGAUCCAGAGAUUCCUUCUUCUAGCAGGCAACAAAGAUACCUUGGCAAAAUGAUGGGGCAGCCCAGACAUGGCAGGGGACUUAAAUUGUACAGAAGGGCAAGAUGGCCAGGGCCAGGAUAAGGCAUCUCACAGGCCACUAAUUAGAAAUGAUUCUAACAAGCAAAAACAAGCUCCACCUAGCUCAGUGACUACCAUAUCCCAGGCUCGUGGAGAGUACCAGAAAAAGAAAUGGGGAACUACUAUAGCCAAACUUCAGGGUGAUCCAGACUCCAGUUGGGAUGCUAGUGAAUCGGAGGAUGAAGGUAGUGAGGGCGGUGACUCUGAGCUAAGAAUGCCCACUGGCACUGAAGCAAGACAGGGCUUGGAGGAACCGAUCACAGGGCUGUCCUGGCCAGAGAGAACCAAUGCCUGGGGAGAAGUGCAGCAAGGCCGGGAGACAGCGCUCCGGAGAGGAGGCCGCAGGAUCCAGCCCGUCUUCAGGAUCAUCUACACUGCUCUAGGGGAGCCUCACGAGGGCAGCACCCUUGAGUCCUUUCGUGAGUGAAACACCAGGGUCCCUGGACCCAAAGGCCCCGGGACACCAGUGCCAGCCCGGAGGCAGAUCCCAUCCUGGCACCCCGGCAGGACUGUGAGUGGGGGGAAGACAGCAGUGCCCAAGAAGAUCCCCGGGCUGGGGGUGCGUACCCAGCACCAUAAGAUUUGUGCCCUCAGCUGGUCUGAGAGCCCGUGAGUGUGCAGGACAGAUUGGUGUGGACGAGGAGGUGGAAGAGCAGCAGCAGGAGGACUUGGUGGGGCGGUAGUUUGUUCUGCUCUCUUUUGUCCAGGGCUGCUGGAGAAUUCCAGAGAGCAAGCAAGGAGAGCCUGGUGAAUACAACUCGGCAGGCAGCUGCCACGGCUGGCCCCCAACCCUGCCCACCCGAGAGGGUGGCCUGGCGCUGCUGCCGAGGUGCCAUCCUCCGUCUGCCACCCACACCAGACGGGUGGAAGUUACAGAAGAGGCCGCCUCAAGGGUUCUUUCUGCCUGGCUCUCCCAACACGGAUGCCCCCUCCCCAUGGCCAUCCCGAGGGAGGCUACUCCCGCCUCUGACACCCCCUCCCCCCACUUCUCUGCUAACCUCAUAGUGACCCACUCGGCUGUCCACCGAGUCCUUUUCCCCCUUGAGUGCUCAUCCCCCACCCGUUGCUUCUGUACCAAGCUGUGAGUGAAGUGUGUGUUAACUUGAGCAGCUAGAGGCCCUGACUACCUGGUCAGGGGCCCCUACUCCCUGGCACGUGUUGUGAGCUUCUGUGAGCUGCUCUGCCAGCCAAGGCUGCCUAGCUCCCCUCCCACCGGUGUUGUGAACGCUCCUCGUCUGCUUUCCCGGUGUACAUCUAGGCCAUCUGCCUGCUGCUUGCUCUCCUGCAGAUGUGUGGGUGUUCUUACACGAUCAAGUGCUCCCUAGAAUCCCCAGGCCCAGUCCUGGAUGCCAGCGGGAAGCAAGGAUGUCGACAAGGGACUGGUUGAUUUUUGGGGUGGGACUGUGCUGUGAUCUAUGCCUGCUGUUACUUUCGACUAUUUUCUAAGGCUGGUGGGGUGCUGCAAGCAAGGCCCCCCAUUUCCUUGUGAUGAUGGGUCUGUGAUGCUGUAAGGCAGCACCGUCCUAUAGUGGUAAACCCUUGAGAGCAUUCAUAAGGGGCAUUACCAGAGCUCAUCUUGACAAGAGGCAAAUCUAGGGCACCUAAGACAGCAUAUUGUAGCAGAAGGUCCUUGUGUAGACAGGACCCUGUGAGGGGAAGGGCAGAGCCUGUAACUUCUAGUGCCCAUUGAAAGUUUCUGUGUUACCUUUUUUUUUAGUGGUUUUAGUACAAGUUUUUGUUGAAUAAAUUUCAUGAAUGUUCCAGCUAUGUUUUGCCUUUGCUGGGAGAGUUGGAGGGCAACAGUGGUGGCUGGGUGGACACUGGCAUGUGUCCAUGUUGUGACCAUGAAGGAGUCAGACUACCGGUAGCCAGUGGGUGUGGGGUACAAUAAUUAUCUGCCUUCCUGGGGUACUUGGUAUGAGUGGGAAUGCAGGGGCUGCAUGCUGAUGGGGGGUGCACUCCAGAAGGCAGGCGCCAGGAUUCCCGGAGUGUUGACCAGUGAAUAGGUGUGGAUGUGACUUGUGUAUGGAGGAGCAUGUUUUUGAAUGUUGGGAACAUUUGUGGCCAUCUCUGAAUGUGACUGUGUAUCGCUGAAGGUGAACAUGACUACGUCAUUGUAUGUGAGAAUGGGUGUAUUAGAGCAUGAGACUGGACUCAGUGAGGGUCUGCUGUCUUGAAUGUAUGUCGAUGGAUGUAAAUAAACGUGUUACUGAAUGAGUGUGACUGUCAUGUGCAGAGCUUGUGAACCAACGUUUUGUUUUGGUUUUGUUUGUUUGUUUUUUCGAGACAGGGUUUCUCUGUGGUUUUGGAGCCUGUCCUGGAACUAGCUCUGUAGACCAGGCUGGUCUCGAACUCACAGAGAUCCGCCUGCCUCUGCCUCCCGAGUGCUGGGAUUAAAGGCGUGCGCCACCACCGCCCGGCCGUGAACCAAUGUUUUAUAAGGUUGGUGGCUUCUGCUCCCCCUCAACCCUAGUCUCAUUUUCACAGAUUUUAUGCAUCACUCUCUCAUGGCCCAGUAGCAUCUAUGGUGGGCACUCAGGAAAUAUUUAUUAAUAAGUCAGCAAUUCUUUCUCUUCCUUUACGCUUACAGCUCCAAGGUUUACCUCCUCCAACUCAAGAGUAACUUGCCUCUCCCCAAACUUUUGGUAAUCUUUGUGUCUCAAUCUCCUGAGCAGCAGCAAUACAGGCAUGACCAUAUCCAGCUUGCUUUUGUAGCAAGAAUGGAUUCUGGUGAACCCAGGCCUAAAAUCAAGUUAUACUUAAGUGCACACAUAAACACAAAAAACAAAAAAUGUUUUUAAAAAGGAAAUCAUACUGAUGUGUAAUAUCUUAACAUUUAUUAUAAUUUGCAUACAUUAAUGUGGAUUAAGCAAAUAUAACUAGAAACUAAGCAAUUAAAAAGAAAAUAAUGAAAAGCCAACCCUCUUAAUUGCAGAAUUUUUUGAGAGAAAAGGGCUAUUUAAAUUCAAAUCAAUACUAAAACACUGUAAGCUGUCUUAGAGUAUUUUCCAUAUUUCUGAAACUGCUUAAAUGAUAGAGUACACCUUUAAGAUGGGGAAACUAUUCCACCAUGGCCUCUUUACUUUGGAUCCCAUCUUUGAGGCCUGCAAGGAGAUUCCCAAGUAACACUUCUAACCAAAGGGGAGAUUUUUACUAAUUCAUUUGGCACCCAUAUGUUACUGCCCACCAUCUGCCAAGUCCCGUGCUAGAAAUGAACUGAGAAAGACUAGUUGAUAAUUAGUGUGGGGAUGUGACCUACUGUAUUCUUUCUCCCCUUCAGAGUACAUGCAGCAGAUAAAUACACAAAUAAAUAGAAUGUUCUCUGAUAACUUGAUGGGAAGAACAAGUCCAUGCUUAAAUGUGAUUAGGACUCAGAAUCUGAAGAAAGAGAAGAGCUAUUUUAUAAGUAAAUCAAAUGAAGAGGCCUCAAUUUUGCAUCCCCAAAUCUUGAGGGCUAUUAUUGCUUUCAAGGAUCUUACUUUAAUGCUGCAGAGUGAAGCUGAAUCAGAGCAGUCUAUGAGCAAACUGCAGGGAUGAACCUGCCUUGCUCUGUCAGGCAUCAGCUUUUAGCGCUUUGAGUACCUGGGGACCUAGAAGUUGAUGUUGGUUUGAAACAGUCAAGACCAGAAAACAAGUCACUACUGCAACUGCACCGUCUACUGGAUGGCAAUUACAUUAUUGUGAUGCUUCAAGGAGGGAUCCAAGAAGCCCGGAGACGAGUGAAUUUCACACUUGCCAUUUCUAAGAGUAUGUCUCGGGGCAGGGUAUCAGGUAGGUAUCGGGACCCUCCACACAGUGCCUGGCCAGUGUCCUGACGAGAAAGUAUGGGCUCCAGAGAGAGACAACAUUGUUUCUACUGGAUUCUUUCCACUUUUCUUUAUUUCUAAGAUGAGAAUCUUAGAGACUAUUAAAAAGUUUAAAAGCCAGUGCUUUCAAUAAAAAAUUAUAUUACAAAAAAAAAAAAAAAA